AGUUGAUAAAAGGAAGUACCACACAUUGGUUUUGUCUGAAACUCAAGAAAAUUGAAGAUUCUUUGAAUUUCUUCCUGAACUGUUCGAAAUGGUGAAUUCUCCACUUCAAUCUCCCAAAAAUCCGCAUUUCUUCCAGCCACUUCUUCCUGGUUUCGAGACCCACCUCACGAUACCUGUUGUGUUCUUCUCUGAGCACAUUGUUGGAAAACAUGAGGAGGAGAAAAAGGCUAGACUCAGAUCAGACUCUUCAGAGAGAACUUGGGAAGUGAAAAUGGAUGGCCGGCGACUCACCCAAGGCUGGAACGACUUUGUGAAAGCUCAUGAUCUUCGAAUCGGCGACGUCAUUGUCUUUAAACACGAAGGAGACAUGGUGUUUAGUGUGACACCUUUUGGUCCUAGUUGCUGUGAGAUUCAGUACCCACAAAGUCAUAUAAAAAAGGAGCACUACAAUGAUGAUGAUGAUGAUGAUGAUAAAGACGACAUGGAGAAUCAGCACACCACUAGAGAGGGUUUGAGGAAGAGGAAUCUAAAACCCAAAACAGAGCCAGAGUCUUUUGUAUCAUAUGAUUACUCUUUUGUAGCAAACGUCACUGCUUCAAAUCUAAUAUUUGACACAAUUAAUCUUCCAAAGAAAGCUGCGAGCUUUGUAGCUUUGAACAAGGGAUGUCACAAGAUAAUACUAGUGAACGAAGAGGGAAAGUCGUGGACUUUGAAUCUGAGAUUUAGAGAAUCAGAAGGCAGCUAUUACAUGAGAGGAGGCUGGACAAGAUUCUGUCGUGAAAACAGACAAAAAGAAGGAGAUAUGAUCACGUUUAAUCUAGUUGGAGACGGUGAAUCUAUUCCAUUGCUCUGUAUUUGUCCAGAAGAAGUAUGUUCGGAGCUAAUGAGCAAAGCUAAAGAGAAGAAAAAGUUAGUGAAGCGUCGUAGGUGGGAAGUCUCACCAUCUCCAGGACGAAAUAGUUAUGUCACAAUCAGUCUCACAGCUUACAAUAUCAAAAACUCCAAAAUUACCCUUCCGGUAGAAUUCACAAGGGUCAAUGGCAUUACCAACAAGCACGAGAAGAUAAUUCUGGAAGAUAAACAUGGUGUGAAGCGGUUAACCAAGUUGGUCCGCGAUGGACCAGACCAUCGAAAAAGAGGACUGGGAAAAGGAUGGAAACUUUUCUGUAGUGUUAAUGAUGUACUCAAGGUAGGCGAGCCUUUCACGUUGAAGCUGCUUUGGGAAAAUAGAACUCCUCUACUUAAGUUUUGUUCCAAGGUUAAGGAGGAACCAAUCUAUGUCUGAAGACUAUUAUUAUAAUUAUUAUAACCAAUCAAGUCUGUCUUGUUUUCUUUAUUGUCUUUCGGAAAAACAGAGUAGUAAUUUGAUUGUUAAUGAACUAAAUUUGAUUGUUAAUGUUUUAAUUAUUGUUUAA